UUAUAUCCCAAUAUAAUUUUUUUUAUUCUGUAGAUGUGCCCAGGAAUUGCUGACAUGUCAGACAUGGACAUCACCAUGGAUUCAUUUGAUACUUCUCAGAGCCAGUCGCAAGACUGUGACCCAUCUCCACCUUUACCUCGUCAAGGCUCAAAGACUAACUUUUUUAUGCCUGAAACACAGGAAACAGCCAUGACGUCUCCUACUGCAGUUGGUUACCAUGGUCAGUAUGGUUCCAGUAGACCUGCUUACUCUUCUGGAGGUCCUCCCACUCCUAGAACCUUAAGAACAGUAGGAAUUUUUGAAAAUCGAGGGAUCCAACUUGGAAGUUCCCAUACAGCAGGUGUACUUCCAUCUUCUAGAUCUACUGUGAAACAAUUGCCACUUUCAAGUCCAACAAGUAGUCUCCCUCCUCAUUAUAGUUCUUCAAGUAGACGAGCUAGUCCUGGCUCACCACCAUCCCCUGGUUAUUCUCCACCUGAAGGAAAACGCCACACUAGCCACCCUCCUCUUCCACAGCCAGUGUGCUAUGGAAUUGCAGGAAGCCGCAGCAGCUCAAGGAGUGUCAGUCCCAGCCGUAGGAUGGUUUCUGAAAUGGAGCUUGUGCGUGCAGCAGCUGAUCAAGCUAAUGGAAACUACCAACAGACUGGCAGUACUAGUAAGACUACUGCUAACUUUCAAGAUCUUCCCAACUGUACUGUUUUGGCUCCUGCUUGGGGUAACAGUGUGCGACCAGGAGGUUACUCACGUUCAUAUCACAACUCUCGUGGGGAGCACAACUCUAGCUUGAAAGCAUCCCUUUCUCAAAGCUCUGGAUGGCCUGUGGCCAACAACUACUCUGGAUUAUAUGGUCAGCGUCAUCUUGUAGGUGCAAGUGGUUCUCCUCUUGUAAAACGGUCAGGGCUGGGAACCCCUGAAAUGACUCGUUCACAUGGCCGCAGACCCAUGUCAUUUGUGAAAGCUUUAGAAAUGUCAGAUUCUGAUAGUGGCAAAGGAACAAGUACUCCUAAGCUAGAGCAUCGUCAGGUGUUUCAAGGCCAGACCAGGCUCCACACUUCACCAUCCCUUUCUACUCACCAUAAAUAUACCCAGGACUUAUCUGAUGAACAGAGGAGUCAGUAUGAAAUGAAUUAUGAGAUAUCUGUUUGAUGUGGAAAUGGGCAAAGUUAAGAGAUACUAUUGUCAAGAACAAGUGGAUGACUGCUAAGUGUUUUGAUUCUGAUGGUUGAUCAAAUGGUCACAGUGACAGACAGAGUUUGAUAAUAUAGAGCCUGACCAGAGAUGCUCAUCACUUUGAAUGAACUGAUUCAGUUGUCUUGCUAGGAUACUGAAUUCUUAAUAAUAUAAUUAAGGUUAAAGUUUCAUGAGGGCCUUUUGUGACCUACAAAAAAGUUUUAUGAAUAGUCUCAUAGGUUUGUUAAUUGAUUGAAAACUAUAAGAAGUAUGUGUGCUUAAGGAACAAUUUGAUGUAUAUCUAGCUGUGUUUUCUAUAAAAAAAAGAGAUCUGUAGUUUGCUCAUUUUAAGGCUAAUGGCUACUAAAAAAAUAAAACCAUAGGCUAUGUAUCAUAUGUAACAUUUUCAAAAACAAAACAAUGAACAACUGAAUAAUCUGAUCUGUUUUCUAAGUAUGCUGUAAACUACCUUUAGAGAAAUGAAUGCUUUUUUUUAACAAUAA